AUGUUUAAAGUGGACUCAAAGGAGCUGUCUGGCUGGACUCUUCUGUCUGUUCCCGGUUAUCAGCACAAAGUGGAGUUCGGGAUCUUGCUUACAUUUGCUUAUCCACUGGAGGGACAGGAAGGAGAGGUUGCAGUAUCAACCACGCGUCCAGAGACGAUGCUGGGAGACGUGGCCAUUGCUGUUCAUCCUGAUGACCCUCGAUAUAAAGAUCUUCACGGCAAACACUGCAGGCAUCCAUUCACUGAGCGCUUAUUACCCAUCGUCACUGACAUUAUGGUUGUUAGCACAUUUGGCACAGUGACACCAGCUCAUGACCACACUGACUUCCUGCUCUCUCAGAGACAUUCACUCCCAAGCCUCACUGUGAUUGGAGGAGAUGGGACCAUGACCUCAGACUGCGGCCAAUGGCUAGAGGUACAGAGAUUCUUUACAAUUGACCCUUUUAAAG